CUUCACAAUAGAGGGCUGUUAGUAUAUCCUUUAUCAUACCAAAAAAAAAGGAAAAAAUCAAUCCUAGAAAAGAUAGACCUCAGGACAAAGUAGAUAAAAAACUAACGAUUCGCUUAUCGUUGUAAGUCUAUUAUAACCAUAGCCUUCUUAUUUGUAGGCCUGAAUUAGAUCAUGAUGAAAUGUAGUGAAUUUCGCAAAUGAUUAUCUCGAGCAAGACUCAGGGAAUGAAUGAUCUAUUAUUGAGUGGACGGAGUUUCCCUAGCUUUUUCACCUUUUCUGUCACUAUUAAAUGUCAGAUCUUUAUCUUCAUGGUCUUCAAUGACAUUUACUCAAUUAACUGUAACGUAACCAUACAUCCAUCGGAAGUAUUCCAAGAAUGAAAGUUUACCGCAUUUUUAUAAGUAUUGUUGUAUGUGGGGUAAAAGUUGUAUCGGCUGUUCAUAAAGCCGAGCAUCAAGAGUUUCUAUGCUUGUCAGGGGUAUCUAUUAGCGACAGUCUUCAACACAUUUGUUACUGGCUUAUCAGUGCUCGUAUUUUUAUUUUUAAUUUCUUUCGCGGAAAAGGAUCAAGGUUAGGGAAAGUUUGUUUGUUAGGAAGAAACUAUACACAUAGUAGAACAUGGAAAGGUCAACAAAUGAUAUCCGGGUUUGUACAAUUUGAGUCAUGUAGAACAUACUUUCCUUAUGAAAUACAAAUACAAGAAUUAUGUCUAGCCUUUCAGUUCAUUCUCAUAUGUAAUACUUCCAUGUGCUUUUAAGGGUACUUAUUGCUUUCUCUUGAUCCUGUCUCUAACCUUGAUCUCCAUAUUUUUGAAUAAAUUAUAUCUACCAAUAGACAUACAAAUGUCCAUGGCUGCUGUAUCAUUAGAAGAGCUAUUCUUUACCAUCAAAUAGUACGUUCAAGGUCUGCUUCAUGUCGAAUUGUUGAAUGUUCUCUGCCUAAUCCCUAAAGAGUUUAGAGCGCUUCACAGGAGUUAAUUGAUUUGACAAGCGG